UUUAUCAUUAUAUGGUGAUAGAAAAACAAAUUGAAACAAAAACAAUAUUAUUGUUAUUGUAAUUUGAAGCUAUUUUAGAACUUCUGAGUGAAAGACAGAGACUCAUUACUUUAUUGAGAAUUAUAGACAUUAGGAAAUGCUUAAAUACAUUUACAAUACUUACAUAAAUUUCGAUGAAUGAGGUUAAUUUUUAAGUCUCAUGUAAUUGAAAUAUCAAUCAACCAAUAAAUUACUUAUUAAGUCGGAGCACAAAGUAAAAUGGCACGUAAAAAGAAAAACUCGCAAACGCCUACAAAAAUAUCAAAUCGUAGAGUUACAAUUAAAAAAUCAAAAACAAAAAACACGUCAUGUAAUAAAGGAUUACAAUUAGUUAAAGCAAAUCACAAGAAAACACCAACAUCUUCAAAUGACAGUGUAAUAGUUAUAAGCGAUGAUGAAAAUGAACAUACCGAAAAUGUUACAAGUUCGACUCAAAAUAGUAACAAAAAUGAAAUUAAUCAUUCAAAUAUUGAUCAAAUUUUUUCAGAAUCCAAAAAUUUGAAACCUAAAGUUUUACAUACAAAUUCUGCUAAUCAAAAACCUUCAAAUAAUGCAUCAAAUGAAUCUUUUGAUGACGUUGUUGAGGUAUGGUCAUCUAUAGACAAUUCAUCAACAGCAGAACCUAUAUCGGAUAAAAUAGACAAGAAAGAUAACGUUUCAGAUGAGGAAAAUCGACAACUUUAUACGCUAGAUCUUAAUGGAGAUUCUAAUAAUUUAACCUGUUUAAAAUCAGCUUCAAAAAAAGAACCUAAAAAGAAAUUUAAUAAUGAAAAAGAACUACUAUUUAAUAAACCUGGAUUACAAUUACCUUAUUGUAUCAAACCAAAAUUUUCCAUUACUGUAACACCACAAAAAAAUAUGAAAAGGAUUAGUAGAAAAUUUUAUAGUAAACAAUCUAAUAAAAACAAAGUACAAUCUGAUAAAGUAACUGAAGUAACGCCGACUGAAGCUAAGAAAUUAAGAGAAAUAAUUAUUGAUGGAUGUAAUGUCGCAAUGGCAUACACACAGGGCAAAACAUUUUCAGAAAAAGGAUUGAAAUUGGUAAUAGACUAUUUUAAACAAAGAGGACAUUCUGUUAAGGUAUUUAUACCUCAAAAUAAACGAUCUCAUUGUCAUCGACUACUUGAAAAACUUUGGAAGGAAGGAACAGUUGUUUUUACACCAAGUCGAAGUAUAGGUGGUAAAACUAUUACUCCUUAUGAUGAUCGGUUUAUAUUGGAAUAUGCAACAAUAUGUAAAGGCAUAGUUGUUUCUUUAGACCAAUAUAGAGAUUUAUAUAUGGAAAAACCAGAAUGGCGUGAUACUAUAGAAAACAGAUUAUUAGCUCCAACUUUUGUAGGAGAUUAUAUUAUGUUUCCUGAAGAUCCGUUAGGAAGGGGUGGUCCUACAUUGGCUCAAUUUCUAAGACAUGAUUCAUAACAUUUCUUUCAAUUAAAAAUUUUGAUAUGUAAUUAUCAAUACAAAACUGGAAUGAUUUAUAAUUUUUUUUUUUUUUAUAUUCUUAUUUUCUUAUAAGUUUUUUUAAUUAAGUGAAUAAAAUAUUGUUUCCUUUUUUGUUAUAAUUCAUAUACAGAGUGAGUUUCGUAACAUGAGGAUUUCAAAUAACAUGUAAAUUAUUUGUUAUACGGAAAAAUGUUUCAAACAAAAGUUGGGUUUUCUCUGAGGAAACACAGAACUCUAAUCUGUUUUUUAUUAUUUCUAAUUUAAGAUUUUCUAUACCAAAUGUAAUAAAUUAAUAGUGUUAUAAAUACAAAAC